UGUUUGUAGUGACCUCUGUUGCCGACUCUGGCAGCACUGACGAUACAGGCAUACCGCCUCGCAAAACACACCGAAUGGAUUCUGUAGGUAACGACACUGACACUACACAGUGACGUUUUUCGCUAUAGGCCAAACGAAUGACAAGCGGAGUAAUAUAGCUUACUUUUUUGCAAGUCACUCCAAAGCAUAGUAGAAUUACAAACAUUCCCGAAUUUAGAAAGCGAUAAUAUUACAACCGUGAAUUAUUUUGGAUCCCUGAUUUGGAUUAGUUGAUCGCAGUUAGUUGUAAGUUUAUAAUAAUAUAUGAGUUACAGUUGACUGUUAUACUAUUGUAUUUCUAAAUCGUUAGGUUGACACGGUUGAGUUGUAGGCGACGCCGAAUUGUGCGAGCCGUUAGAUCUGCUCAUUCAGACCCACCACACUAAUUGUAAGUCCCCUGUAACUUGCAUCGAUAAAACAAUUAACUAAACGCAAUUGAACUUGUUAUUAGGGCCGUAUUAUAGUCCACAAUCAGGCACGAUUGUAGUCGCGACUUGUUGGAUCGUUCUUACUUUAGAGAAGACGAAUUUCUUCAAGAAUCACGUCAACGAACACCUGGCGUUUCUCUGGAGAGGUCAUCGAGAAGGAAAGAUCCAACAAAGCUUGAAGAAAUUCUUAUUAGCAUCUCGGCAGAAGGAUGCCUGAAACAGACAUGAAUGACUGUAAAAUAUGCCGUAAAUCCAACAACCUGGACAAUAUGGUAUUUUGCCCGCGGUGUGAGGAGUGGUUUCACUACCAGUGCGCCGGUGUCAACGAAUCCGUCGCGGAUCGAAGCUGGGUAUGUGUGAAUUGUUCGAUUCUGCCACCAGUCGACCCGCCUGGACAAACGAGUACCCCGGUGAGUAGUAUAGCGAUUGGACCAAUCCCGUCCUCCCUUAGCCAACCCGCGAGCAGUGCCCCGCCCGGACUUUCGUUGCCAACCAUAGUCCCCGCCUCGGCGGAUAGACACUCAAUUCUAACCGAGCAGGCCCGGGCGAGCCUCCAGUGGAUCCAGGAGCAGAGAGAUCUACUGGAGCGAGAAAUGGAAGAGAAUCACAGGCAGGAAAUGGAGCGAAAGCGGCAUGAGUUGAAGAAACUGGCAAAUAAAGCAAUGAUGGGAAUUAUCGACACCACGAAGGACGGAUUAGCAAACAGUUUGGGUGGCCAGCUGGAAGCGGCGCCGACAGGUGUCAGCAAGGUGCAGAACUGGAUGCAGCAAAUGGUCGGCGAGAUGAAGAACCUCUCGAUGGCCCAAUCUGCUGGAAGGCCAGAGGUGACAGCGACGAGCCUGCCUACGUUUGACAUCAGUUCGGUUCCGACAACCGCAGGAAUGAAUCUGAGUGUAUUUGAUCCGACUUCAUCAUCAACUAUCCAUGGAAUGCCGGACAUGUCGGCGGUUGCUCCGACAACAACGUUUCCUUCACUUCAACCCAGUUCAGCACCUCUCAUCCAGUCACAACUGAGUAACUCAGUGUAUCCCUCUCCCGUUCCAAUCUCCUCAGCUCCUCUAGCCCCACAAUUACCCAGCGGUGCACAAUCCGAAUUCUCUUCCCUCGGAAGGCUAGCAACUGCACCCAGAGGACUGGUUAGCCGAGUACCGAAUCUAUCCGGAUUGGGAGUCAACAAUCCAACGAAUGUAGUGACAGCUUGUUCCGUGAUGCCAGCAGUGGGCUUUACUCAACCAGGGAUUUCAGUUAGUCCUGCUGCUCAGAUAGGUAACACAUUCUCACUCUCGACUGGACAGUCUCUAAAUUACAUUGGCUCGCUACCCAAUGAGAGAUUUCCAGAGGUACAGUCUGUAGCGUUCCCAGCAUCCGGGCCAGGUGUGGUAUUGGAUGGGAGGAUGAUGAGCAGUGGACAAUAUUUCCAACAACAACCACAUCCGGGGCUUGCAUCGAAUGUCGGAGCGGCGGGCGGAUUUCCGAACGUACUGAAUAACGCUCCAGCACAGCCAAGGCUCUACGAUCCCGUGGGACAGCAUCUGGCUCCCUCUCAACACCAAUUGAUGGCAAGACAGGUCAUGCCCAAGGACCUUCCUUCCUUCAGGGGCGACCCUGAGGAUUGGCCGCUCUUCUAUAGCGCUUAUGUUAACUCGACAACGGCGUGUGGCUACAGUGACUUUGAAAACUUAGCCAGACUGCAAAAAGCGUUACAAGGAAGGGCGUUGGAAGUGGUCAAAAGUCGUCUACUGCUUCCAGCGUGUGUACCACAAGUCGUGAACACACUCUACAUGCUGUUCGGGCGUCCAGAACUGAUAAUUCAGACUCUGUUGAAUAAAAUUCGCGAAGUUCCCCCGCCAAGAGCAGACCGAUUGGAUACUUUGAUCUCUUUUGGGAUGGCCGUUCAGAACUUGUGCGACCACUUGGAGGCGGCGGGGCAACUGGCACACUUAUGCAACCCGACGCUGCUACAGGAACUAGUGGAGAAGCUCCCAGCUCAACAGCGCUUGGAUUGGGCAUUGUAUAAACGGCAGUUUGUUGCGGUCGACCUACGCACGUUCGCCUCCUAUAUGUCUACAUUGGUUGCGGCGGCCUCAGAAGUCACGGUGAUUGCGGACACUAAACAACUGCGACCAGCCAAGGUGGGUUCAGCGAAAGAGAAGAACUUUCUUAACGCGCAUUCAGUACCUGAGCCAGCGAAGAAGGAAGUCAAGGAGGAAUCCACUCCGACGGUCCUGUGUUUAGCGUGCAAUGGCGCUGGCCACAAGGUAAAGGACUGUGCCGUCUUCAAGAAGUGGGGGCCUGAUAGCCGGUGGAAGACCGUUCAAGACCAUCAUUUGUGUCGGAUAUGCUUGGGGAAACAUGGGCGUCGUCCGUGCAAGUCACAAGCGUGGUGUGGCAUCGAAGGCUGCCAGCAACGGCAUCACCAGCUGCUUCAUACACAGUUCCAGAAACUGCAACAACCCACCGAAGCACAGCCAAAGAACCCAGGCAAAGGCUCUGUGGAAGGUGUGAACGCUCAUCGUACUGCGGAGAAAUCGACGCUGUUUCGGAUCCUGCCAGUACAACUUUCUUGGAAAGGUAAAUCGGUGGAGACGUUCGCUUUCCUGGAUGAUGGAUCGUCCAUGACGCUAGUGGAGCAGUCGAUUGCAGAUCGCUUGGGUAUAAACGAUGGGGAAUCUCUACCUCUAUGCUUAACGUGGACCAGUGAUGUGAACCGCCAGGUACCAAACUCCCAACGAGUCUCGCUGAAAAUCUCGGGCGCAGGGAAAGACGAACAAUACGCUUUGAUCGAUACCCGGACUGUUGGCAAUUUGAAGCUCCCAAUGCAAUCGCUGAAAUAUGAGGACCUGUCACGUCAGUACACACACUUACGAGGACUACCAAUCAGAAGCUACGACUCAGUUGUACCAGGAAUUUUGAUCGGGUCAAACAACGCCGGCCUUAUAGCAUCAUUGAAGCUGCGUGAGGGUCAAUUGGGUGACCCAAUAGGAGCCAAGACGCGUCUAGGAUGGACCAUAUAUGGAUACGCAGUCGACCGUGAGAGGGUAGCAAACUUCAGUUUCCACAUCUGUGAAUGCCACGGCGAACACAAAACGAAUGAACAGCUGCACGACCUGAUUAAGCAACAUUUCUCCCUCGAAAAUGUAGGAGUAUCAGCUGACCAAACUCCUGAGUCUGACGACGACAAGCGUGCUCCUCGGUUGCUGAAGGAGACGACGAGACGAACCUCAGUGGGCUUUGAAACAGGGCUGCUUUGGCGAACUGACUCUGUAGUUCUACCAAAUAGUUACCCCAUGGCGAUACGCCGUCUUGAAUGCUUCGAGCGGAGAUUGAAUAGGGACCCCGAUUUGCGAGUUAGUGUACAGCGUCUGAUCGAAGAGUAUUUAGAAAAUGGUUACAUCCAUGAGGCAACAUCUCAUGAGCUGGAGUCGGCAGAUCCAAAGAAGGUGUGGUAUCUGCCACUAGGAGUCGUGAAAAACCCGAAGAAGCCGAAUAAAAUCCGGCUUGUCUGGGAUGCGGCGGCGAAGGUGGGAGGUAUUUCCCUGAAUACCAUGCUUCUUAAAGGCCCAGACAUGCUAAUACCUCUUGCGUCUGUACUGUGCGGGUUCCGACAAUACUCGGUAGCGGUCUCCGGUGAUCUCAAACAGAUGUUUCACCAGUUUAGGAUCCGACCUCAAGACGUACAUAGCCAGCGGUUCCUCUACCGUGAACAACCAUCUGGCCCAGUCAAAACAUUUGUAAUGGACGUAGGAAGCUUUGGCGCAACGUGCUCGCCCAGUCAAGCACAGUACAUCAAGAAUCUCAAUGCAAAGAAGCAUGAGACGGAGUUCCCGCAAGCUGCAACAGCCAUAAUCAAGAAACACUACGUAGAUGACUACCUUGAUAGCUUCGACACGGAGGAAGAAGCGAUCAAGGUAGCUAUGGAGGUGAAACUGGUGCACGCUCGUGGCGGAUUCGAGAUACGCAAUUGGCACUCGAAUUCUGCUGCGCUUCUGGAUAGAGUCGGCGAACAAAAGCUAUUGGAACCGAAGGCCAUCAACGUCAACACCGAGAGUGAGACGGAGCGAGUCCUGGGCUUGUUAUGGCUGCCGAAUGAAGAUCUUUUAGCUUUCGCAGCCGACCUGAACUUGAACGAGGUUACUCCCACUAAACGCCAAAUUCUACGCUGUGUGAUGAGUUUGUUUGAUUCCCAAGGUAUCUUAUCGCACAUUACCGUUCAAGGGCGAAUGAUUAUUCAAGAUACCUGGCGCAGCCAAGUCAGUUGGGAUGAAGUGGUUAGCGAUGCAUCACAAGUGCGCUGGCGCAAGUGGAUCAAGCUACUGGACGACGUGAACAAGAUUAGACUACCGCGAGCCUACUUUCCGGGAUUCUCUGCAGCGGACAUCGGUGUGGUCGAGCUACACAUCUUCACGGAUGCCAGUGAAGAGGCAUACGCAGCUACUGCAUACUUUCGUACCGUAAUAAAGGGGGAGGCCUACUGCACACUGAUAAUGGCGAAAGCUAAAGUGGCGCCCUUGAAGGCUUUGUCUGUACCACGAUUGGAGCUGAUGGGUGCUCUCCUAGGAGCCAGGCUGGCAAAAGCAGUAUGCGAGUACCACACGAUCCCAAUUCGACGCCGAAUUCUGUGGACUGAUUCAUUAGCAACGUUGGCUUGGAUACAGUCGCAGCACUGCCGAUAUCGCCAAUUCGUCGCCUUUCGCGUUGGAGAAAUUUUGAGCAAGACGGAAGCUGAGGAAUGGAGGUGGGUCCCUACGAAGCAUAAUGUGGCUGACGAAGCCACUAAAUGGGGGAAAGGACCGAGUACCGAUGUCGAGUCCCGCUGGUUCAAAGGGCCCGAAUUUCUAUACCUGCCCGAAGACAAAUGGCCGGUUAGAAAGCUAUCGGGACCAAUAGAAACAACCGAGGAGCUGCGACCGAGUCUGAUACAUCAUGCAGCGACCACUAAGGACAUCAUUCGUUGGGAACGCUUCUCGAAAUGGGAGCGUUUAUUAAGGUCAAUAGCUUACGUACAUCGCUUCCUUGCAAACUGCCGUCAACAACAAAAGAAACGACCCUUAUUCACCGGGUGUUUGACAAAGGAGGAGCUACAGAAGGCAGAAAUCAGUCUAUGGUGCAUCACACAGGCAACUGCAUACCCGGACGAGAUAACAGUUCUGAGGCAACAGAAUGUAAACCCCAAGAAAGCAAUCGAGAAGACGAGCCCGGUCUACAAAUUGUCUCCGUACCUUGAUGAACAAGGUGUAAUGCGUAUGGACAGUCGUAUCGGAGCAGCUUCUUUCGUCGGUUACGACUUCAAGUUUCCAGUGAUUCUGCCUCGUAAUCAUCCAGCGACAUUGCUCUUGAUCAACUGGUAUCAUCGCCGGUAUUUGCAUGCCAACAACGAAACCGUUCACAACGAGAUUCGUCAGCGGUUCCAUAUUUCGAAUCUACGGACAGUGGUACGACAUGUAGCAAAGAACUGUCAAGCGUGCAGGAUUGCCAAGGUUACACCAUCGACACCUAAAAUGGCCCCUCUACCAGACGCACGCCUGGCCGUUGCUGUCCGCCCGUUCUCCUUCGUAGGGCUUGACUAUUUCGGGCCAAUGCAGGUGAAAGUCGGUCGCAGCUACGUGAAACGAUGGAUCGCGCUUUUCACGUGCCUGACCAUCAGGGCCAUUCACUUGGAAAUCGUCCACUCUUUGUCUACGGAGUCGUGCAAAAUGGCGGUACGACGAUUCGUAGCACGUCGUGGAUCGCCCGUAGAAAUCUACUCCGAUAACGGCACUAACUUUCAGGGAGCUAGUCGUGAGCUGCGUGCGGAAAUCGAAGCCACUAAUAAGGAGAUGCAGGAGACGUUCACUAACACGAACACCAAGUGGAUAUUCAAUCCGCCGUCAGCACCACACUUCGGGGGAUCGUGGGAACGCCUCACGACUUUGCAGAAGAAGCCCUAA